CAGGUUUGCGGACGUGGCGGCGGCGCACGGCCCGGAAGGCGGAGACGUUGGCGGCGGUGGACAGGGACUUCCAGAAACGGAGGCCCGGCCAUGAACUUGUCCCGGACCGGAGCGUCGGCGGCGCACUUGGCAGCCGUCUCGUCACGUCCACCCUGCUAACGGGACAGAUUUUUACAUUAUGGCAGGGAGGCAUCAGAAUCGUAGUUUUCCUCUUCCAGGAGUUCAUUCAAGUGGUCAAGUACAUGCUUUUGGGAAUUGUACAGACGGUGAUGUGUUGGAGGAGGAUGCUGAAGUGUAUGAGCUUCGAUCCAGAGGAAAAGAGAAAAUUCGAAGAAGUACAUCAAGAGAUAGACUUGAUGACGUUAUAGUAUUAACAAAAGAUAUACAGGAAGGAGAUACUUUAAACGCAAUAGCCCUUCAAUACUGUUGUACGGUAGCAGAUAUUAAGAGGGUUAACAAUCUCAUCAGUGAUCAAGACUUUUUUGCCCUUAGGUCUAUCAAGAUUCCAGUAAAAAAGUUCAGUUCAUUGACUGAAACACUUUGUCCUCCAAAAGGAAGACAGGCUUCACGUCCUUCAUCUGUUCAGUAUGUCCUAGAACAACAGGAAAUUUUGUUGGCGAAUAAUUCCCUUUCUUCCAGUGAAUCAGCUGGUAGCUUUUUAAAAGAAGUAGACCGAGACAUAGAACAAAUAGUAAAAUGUACAGACACCAAAAGGGAGAACCUUAAUGAGGUGGUGUCUGCCUUAACAGCACAGCAGACACGUUUUGAACCUGAUAACAAAAACAUUCAACGUAAGGAUCCUUAUUAUGGAGCAGACUGGGGAAUAGGGUGGUGGACAGCUGUAGUGAUAAUGUUGAUAGUAGGUAUAAUAACGCCAGUAUUUUAUUUGCUGUAUUAUGAAAUUUUAGCUAAAGUGGAUGUUAGUCACCAUUCAACAGUGGAUUCUUCACAUUUGCAUUCAGGAGUCACACCCCCAUUACAACAGAAAGAAAUGGAAAAUGAAAUUGCUCCAACUAAAGGAAUACCCUUUGGCCAACAUGAUGAUCAUAAACUGUACAGUCAAGGUUCUCAGUUACCUGCUGCUCAACACAAAACAUAGCAAUUAGCUCAUAAUUACAGUGUUAAUGAUUACAUGUACUUCUGGGAAUGUUUGAAUUAUAUUCAAUAACCACUUCACAGGCAGAAUUUAGGAAGACUGGAGAUGCUUUUUUUCACCUUUUUUGCUGUUGGGCCAUUUAAAAAUGGAUUGACUAUAAAACCCCUAAAAUUGCUGUUGCUGAUACUGGGAGUGGCACAUCAAUAUGUCUGUUGUAUCAAUACUGAGAGCAGAAAUGAAUUUUAAAAUGUGUCUUGGAAGUUUUUAACUUGGAAAAUGCCUCAUUUUUCUUCUUUGAGAUUGGUUAUGUUUAAAUUUUUUUUAAGUAAUCAUUUUUUUAUAUAAGGUUAUUAAAUUUAUUAAGCAGAAUAAUGAUAGUAUCAGAUGUCUGCAACUGAAGAAAAGUUUACUACUGCAAACCAUCAAUAUAUUCAGUUGCAAAAAGUUGAUUCUAAAAUUGAUAGCACAUACCUAAUAGUCCAUUUUAAAACUUUAAAAGACACAUUUAGCACAUAUUCUGUGAAAACAUAAGCAAAAACAAAUGGGAAAGUAAUGAGUAAUGGCUGUAAUAGAGGCUAAGAAAUAGAUUAAUAUUUUUAAGUCCCAAAAAUAAUGUUAGGAUUGGGAAAUUGCCAUUUGGUCAUUAGAACACUGGAUUAGGUCGAGACUUAAAAGUAAUCUUUGUCUCUUAAAAGAAUGCUGCCUCUCCUUGUUUUUUAAGUGAUUAUAUUUGCUUCUGAUAUUUGAAAAUACUUCUGUAAUUCUUUGAUGAAAAGUUACACAUAUACAGCUUACAGUUAUUUAGGAAAUACAUUUUUUACAUACUGUGAUAAAUUGUUGCUGUGUUACAUGUAACAGGCCUUAAUUAUAUUUAAUGCCUUACUACUUUAUGUAAGCUUAUAGAAUUUUAGAAUUAAAAUUAAGCAUUAUUUCACAUGGUCCGGUUGGAUUGAUAACAUAGGAUAUAUAAAUUCAUCUUCACCUUUGCUAUCAAGCACAAGCUAAUAUUGGGGUCAAAACAAAUUUUCACUGUCUCUGAAGUCUGUUGCAGAAAAUGGUUCAUUAAUCAAAGAACACGGUUAAAGGGAACUUUUCAUUAGCAGUAAUAAACUGUUGAUCCUUAACCUGUUUUCAAAGACAGAAUGUCCAACCUAAACCUUUUUUUUUUUUUUUCUGAACUAUAGACCAUCAGAUUGGGGGGACAGAGGCCACAGGUGUCUGGACUGGUCAGAAUGGCUUGAUAGUGCUCCUUUUUUAAGAUCUACUAUGGAUCAGGCACAGUCUGGCUAAAUAAGUAUUUACAUACUGAUUCCAUCACUUAAUUUUUAAAAGUAUGUGUUUUAAAAAUGUAACCAAAAUGAGUCAUUAGAGUCUGGACUGCCUGUUUUGUGUAUACUAAAGUAUGUACCUUAAGAUAUAUAAUACCACCUCAAUUGUCUAGGCAUUAUUUCCUAAUCUUUAGUGUUUAAGCUUUUUGACCAGUCUUUUUAUAUUUCAAAUUCGAAUCUUGAUACAGUAGGGUGAAUAAAUAAAUAUGGUAAAUGAGGUUUUAUGCACUUUUAGGAGCAAAGCAUCAUAAAAAGACAGUACAAAAAAGUUAAACAUUAAAGCCCUCGCAUAUAUUAGCGGACCUUAGAUAAUUACCAAAAAGUGUUAAUACGGAAGUUUCAGCAAAUUGAUUUUUUGAAUAACUUUUAUAGUUUAAAAUCUUAAAAGUUGUUUAAUGUGCCUUGGGCAUCUUGAAAAGAGUAUGAUCUUCCUAAUUUAUGCUCAGUGUUAAUAACUUGGUUAGUUUACAUUGUAUUUAUUAAUAAGCCUGCUGAAAAAAUCAAGUUUUAGGACAAAAACACAGAUUAUUUUAGGGUAGAAUGGGCUAGAUGUCCUUUUUAGAAUUUUGUUUACAUCAAAUUGAUGAAAUUACAGUCAGUGAUUCCUUUUUCUAUUGAUAUUUUGAAAUUGAGAUAAAGAGGUCUGAUUUCCAAAAUAACAUUUUUUAUUAGUAAGGUGUACUGUGCAGUUGCUGAUUAAAAAACAUUUCUGUCUCGCAAUAUCCUGUUUCUUGAAAUAGAGCAUAUCCUUAUGACAUAAUCACGCAGUUUCCUCUUUCUAUAUAUUUGAAUUUUUUAAUUGAAAAUAAUUUGAAUUAUAUAUAACUGUCAUACAGAAUUAUAGAUUCUAAUUGCUCAGUAUUAUUUAGAAAAGAAAAAUAAUUUCCUAAGCACUUAAUGGAUACAGAAUAAUUUUAGCCUUUAAAAAGUACCACUAUACAUCAAACUUUGUAGCAAAUACAGAUGUUUGAAACUUAAUAAAAUAAGAUUUAUCAUU